CCCGCCGCCCUGGUGCCCGCAGCCGGCUCUGAGCCGUUACUCGCCCAGCUCAGCUCCUCCUGCGGGACUCCCCUGCCCGAAAGCGCCGGUGGAGGGGCGAAGCAGGACGGGAUGGACACAGGCUCGCUAAGACCUCCCUGGAAACCACUACGGCUGGGUCCUACCUUCCCAGAGGCGGAGACCGCCGCAGACGGCGCCGCGCACCGGGCUCCCGGGCAGGGAGACUCCCCUCGCCCCUAAACAUGAUAAGCGGCUUUCCCCUCCCCUCCCCUGCCGUCGCAGCUCGCCGUCCCCCGCCCGCCAGCGCCCCGCCGCGCUCCGCCGGCUGCCCGCGCCCCUCUGCCCUGCGCUGCGUCGCCCGUCGGCGGCAGCGGCAGGCAGCCGGCGGAGGGGCCGUGCUCCGCCUCUGCCCCCAGUUUCCGGGAGGGGCCCGCGGAGCAGCGCCGCGGUCGGCAAGCAGGGCCGGGCGGCGGAGGACGACGUGGUUCUCGCCCGCGUUCCCAGCCAGCUCUCCCUUCCAGCCGAGCGGCCCGCGCCGCCGCCAUGGUGCCCAACCAGCUGCGCCUAUCCGCGGCCGGACGUGGCCAUGGAGGCUAUGAUUCUGAUUUUAGUGAUGAGGAGAAUGGAGAGAAGUCUGUGCAAAAGGCUAAAAGUAUAAAGGAAGAUGGCCUUCUCAUAAAGCCAUUCCAAAAAGCCAAGCAAGGCAGCGUGGUUCACAGACAAUUCGCAGCUGAAGAAUGGGAUAGGGAAGAAGCAAAAAAAAGAAGAUACCACUUGAUAGCAAUGGAUGCCUAUGAAAGACAUAAAAAGUUUGUGAAAGACUACAUUUUGUACUAUGGUGGCAAAAUAGAGGAUUUCCGACGUUCUGGAGCAAAUGACAAGACGGAUCUUGAUGUUAUUAGAGAAAACCAUAGAUUCCUGUGGAAUGAAGAUGAUGAAGCAGACAUGAAUUGGGAAAAGAGGCUUGCAAAGAAGUAUUAUGAUAAGUUGUUCAAAGAAUACUGUAUAGGAGAUCUCAGCAGAUACAAAGAGAAUAAGUUUGGAUUUAGAUGGCGACAUGAGAAAGAAGUAAUUUCAGGAAAAGGUCAGUUUUCCUGUGGAAAUAAGCACUGUGAUGAAAAAGAAGGUCUGAAGAGCUGGGAAGUGAAUUUUGGUUACGUUGAACAUGGUGAAAAGAGGAAUGCACUUGUGAAAUUAAGACUAUGUCCAGAAUGUUCCCACAAACUAAACUUUCAUCACCGGAGGAAAGAAGUCAAAGCGCACAAGAAAAGAGGCAGAGCUGAACCAAACUCUAAAGAGCCAAAAAUUAAGAAGACAAAAUUAUCUUCAGCAAAAAAGAAGUCCAAAAAAAGGACCCAUAAAGAUGAGGUUUCUUCAGAAGAUUCAGAUAAUUCUGAUAAAGAUUCAGAUAACAGUGAUGUACAAGAUGGUCGUUCAGAUGCUGACUUCUGGAAAGGUCCUCCACAAGAAGCAGAUGAAAAAUCACGGGAGGAGGAGUUUGAUGAGUAUUUUCAAGACUUAUUUCUCUGAAACUAGAGAUGGAUGUAGGCUGAUUUUCUUCAUGGGUUGCCAAGAUGAAAGUCUGGAAAUUCGGUCAUAAGUAGGGACCAGAGACCUUUUUCUGCCAGCAUACCUUUUCUACGGUCACUCGUACGGACCAUUUGGAUAGAUUAUCUCUGUAGAAAGAAGGCUUCAGGUCUAAAAACUUUCUUUUUUUUGUGGUAGGCUGUAUAUUCAUGAGAUAAACAAUUUUUUCAGCUCAGUGCAGAAGAUACAUGACACCCAAACUUAAAAAUAGAGAGGGUGUAAAUAAAUGAGAAUAUAGUUUAUUGAUGUUACAUCACAGAAGUUGGUUGCUUUUUACUUUGUCCCAAACUUCAGUUAUUGCCAGAUUUUUGUGAAGGGGCGUUUUGGAAGAUCCUGUUACUAGUUUAAAGCCAUACACUUUAAUAUAUUCAUAUUUCUAAUUUAUUAAACAAGAGUUAAUAGUGUUAAAUUUAUUGGUCAUGUAGAUGUUAUUAGUAAGGUAUUAGUCUUUGUAAGUAUUUUCAAAUGUGGUUGGAGGCCAGUUUUUAUCAAAUAUGUAUUUUGCUUGAAUUAAAUGAAGUAUAUCUGAAAUGUCUCCCCUAAUCCUUAAAAAAAAUUUAGUUCAUUGUGACCUUGUUUUAAAUUUUAGUUAUAAAGUGAUGUGGCUGAUAAUUCCACUUACAAAAACCUGGUUGAUUGGUGAAAUUUUUGAUGUAAAAAAUAAAGCAUGUGGCUUUCCACUGGAGAUGUACAUGUGACUUUUAUGUUAUCUGUGAUUUCCAAUCUUCUUAACAUUGAUUGAACAUUAAUCUUUCUUUAAAGUGUAAUCCUAAAUAUACAAGUAAAAAACAUAUAUUGCUUGAGAAACUUACCGUAUUCGUCUUCCUCUUCAAAUUGCAACACAGCUUUAAACAUUCUUUAGUUUAUGUUUCCAAAGAAAUGCACAUGAAUAGUUACAGUGGCUAUUUUCGUUGUUGGAUGAAAAUUACUUUGGAUAUAAAGGACAAACUUUUUUAAAUGUUUUUUAAUUAAAUGUUCGUGUUAAACUGAGGAAAGUUAAUGUUGUAUAAAAUGUAUUUUUGAUAAGUACUUGUCACUGUAGAUAUAUUUAUAGAAAGUAUUUAUAGUAAGUGUUUGAUGUGGAAAAUGUAACAGCAGAGAUGGUUGCAGUGUAUUUAUGAACAUUUUACAUGCAUUCGUGAAUAAGUUGAGAACUCUAUUUACAAGUAUUACUUAACAUAGUUACAUUUUAAACAGUUUGUACUUACAUAAUAGAUAACAGUACAAGGACGUAUUUAGGGCGUCCUCGAGUAAGAAAUAAACGUAGCCUUGCAUGAAGGCUUCUUUAGGUAAGAAGGUGGAUUUAAAGGUUAAUUCUCUGUCGUGUUGCAGGCUUGGUUGAGAGUCAAAUCCAAUCUGCAGCAAUCUACUUACAUCUAUGCAACUUGCCCAAAAGGGCUUUUGCCAAAUGUGUUGCUAUAUUUGUGGCCUCAAGUAUUGCAUACUAAGUAUGUGUUCUGGAUAACUAACUCCUCUUUGGGUCUUUAAAAUGCAGUUAUAAAAAGGUACAGUAUGCAUAUUAAAUACAUAGUUUAAUACAGUUGGAAUAAAAUUACAUGAUCAAACAACCUUGAAAUAGCUUUCUUCAGUGUCUGCAUUUAAUACAGAAAAUAAUACAUGAUACCCAGUUUUAUGUCAUAACUAAGUUUGCAUAGAAUGUUUGGCCCAAUUAUAAAUAAGGAUGUAAUAAGCGUGUGUGUGGGGUAGAUUCCUUUCAUUUUGGGUGGUGGCUGCACAAAGUAUCUAUGUUCGUAGACCGUUCUUAGGAAAGUAUAUAAUAUGGCAAAUCGUUCAUUCUCCCUUCUCUGUGGAUGCUGAGGGCCCUCGAAGAAAAUAAAGAUAUGAGUCUGCUUUUUUUUAAAGGGGGAAGAAAAGUGGCAGGAUUGAGUCUUCACAUCAAACUUCUUUGUUGUAGGAAUUACAUUUGGCAUCUGUCUCCUCUUAGAUUUGGAACUGGUUCCAGUGAAUGCUCAGAUCCAUCCAUAAUAUACUAGCCAUUUUCCUUCUUCUGCAGGAGGAGCUGGCUUUGUGGAACCUGAGUAGAAGGUAUGGAGCUGACUCUUGUCAUUCUUCAAGAACAGGAGGUUUUGGUAGGGAGAUGGUUGUUUAUGAAGAACUAAUUUGUGUGCAGUCUGUCAUCUUGGUUGUAAGAAGGGAGGUGAUAUGAAUUUUGAUGUGCUCUACUUCUGCUCUCCUCUCCCUCCCAAGAUUGAAUUGGUGCCAGUUCAUUGGGUUUUGAAUAAUCUACUGCAUUUUUAAAAAGGUGCAUUGGAAGUGCACGCGUCUUUUAAAACGUUUUUGACUAGAUCCUGCUGUAGAUAUACUGCAUAGGUAUGUUAGUAAGCUCUUGUAUGCAAAGCAUAAUGUUUACUGACUGCCUUUUUAGAUUUUUACAAUAAAAGGUGGUCAGUUUAGGAAUUGUGGGCA